AUGGAGGCAGAUGCCCAACCUGCAGCUGAACAAAGCACAUUGGAUGAACAAGCACGCCAGCAGAAGCAGCACCAGCACAGCAGGAGCAACACCAACAAAAACGAGAUGAGCACCACAACCAGCACAACCAACACCGGCAGAGAAGCAGAAGCAGAAGAAGCACCAACAGCACACGCAGCACAAUCAAAAGAAGCACAGCCAGAAGAAGCUACUCGGAGCAACAGGCGACAGCAGAUCGUGGAACACUGCUAUUUAUACCUUGCUGACCUCUCCAGGAGCGCUGUCGCGUGUGCUGCCUGUGCUGCCUGUGCUGCCUGUGCUGUUUGUGCCUCCUCUGCCUGUGUUUGUGUUUGGUGCUGCCUGUGCUGCGUAGCGCUGCGGCCGUUUUUGAUUUGUCAACAACACGAAAAAGUGUCGGCGCUUAGCUCUGCUCCAUCGUUGCCUUUCUCCAACUUCAUCUUCACCAUCGCCUUCUCCACCAUCUUCCUCUUGCUGAGACCACAGCUUCUCUAG